CAAAACAUAAGCAAAGAUAAAUUACUAAUCGCAGUUCAACAGUGCGUGCUUUGUCUCGAACGAAUUCAAAUAUUCUACUCAAUGAAGACUUAUCUGAUUUUCAUUUUCUUAAUAUAUAGAGCGUUUGCAUCUGAGCUUAACACAUGCGAAUUGGAUGAAACGAAACGACGUAUAAUUUGUAAGAAUAUACUGGGCCAGUUUCCUUCCUAUCCUCAACCAUUUUUCGGCGGCGUACUAGAAUGUGCCAGUUGUGAUUUAAGUGUAUUUUCACAAAAAACGUUCCCUUACGAAAACCGGAUAUCAGCAGUUAACCUUUCGUCGAGCGGAAUAGAAUUUGUCAGGAGUAAAUCGUUUUCGGUGUUCAAAAAUGCACAUUUCUUUUAUUUGCAAGACAACAAAAUUACGAACGUUUCCAAAUCCGCUUUUUCCGGUUUGAGGCAGGUGUAUGAGUUGCAUUUAGAGAACAAUUACAUAACUUAUUUGCAAGAUGGAUUUUUGGACGAUUUUGAAGUGUCUUCGGUGGCUCUCAGUCACAAUAAGUUGAAAGUGUUGCCGUCGAACAUAUUUAAGGGCGUUCUGGGUUUGCUUUCCUUAGAACUACAAAACAACAUGAUCAAAACUCUUCAUCCUGAAACAUUUUCCGGCUUGGAAAGCCUUGAAUAUUUAAUUCUGGAAAACAAUCAACUGUGUUACAUUCCUUUGGGAACCUUCAGUCACGUUAAAACUUUGAAGCAUUUGAACCUAUCAGGGAACAAAUUUACAAGAUUCCCUAUUGGUGUAUUCAGCGGUCUGAAGUAUUUGGAGAGUUUGUCGUUGGCCCGUAAUAACUUGGCGGAUUUUGAUGGAUCAUUUUUGGUACCAUUUAAUCAUCUGUCCAAACUGGAUGUUACUGAAAACGGUAUUUAUUUUUUUGAUGCGGUUAAUGUAUACAAAAAUGUGCCAACCAUCAGGAAUAUUCAUUUAGGAGGAAACAUAUUUUCUUGCAGCGUUCUAAUGAACGUUAUGCAAUAUUUUAAAAAGUAUAAUGUUGAAGUCGUGAACGAUGCUGAGAGGUUUGAUAUUCAGAAUAUUAAUGGUAUCGUGUGCAUAGAUAAUAUUAUAACUACUCCAAUUUCAUAUGAAUACUUUUUGAAUGUGGCAAAGGAGGAAACCAAAAAUGGUAUUUUAUAUUGUUAAUAUUUAGUACUGGUGUAGUUUAUAUAAAUUAUAUUACAUAUGUAGAAGUAAUUUGUUUAAUGAAAUAAUUGAAAAUAUAUUUUUUAAAGUUUAA